AAUAAGCUUCAAUUUACGAUAUCAUUCUCAAAGUUGUUUCCGAAAAACACACAAAAAAUCUAUAAUGAAGCAAGCAGUCGUUUAUAUAAAUACAGAUACGUUUUAAAAUAAGUUAAUUCCGUAAUAGAGUCCAUAGUUAACAGUUCUAAGUAGACAAAUACUAUAGUGCUGCUAAAAUGUUGCGUGUUGUUGUGAUUUGCGUGUGUUUUCUAGUUAUUGCGCCUUAUGGAAUUAAUGCUGUGUCAGAUGAACAAAAGAUUAAAAUAAGGGAACAGAUUGACAAAUCAGGCUUCGAAUGUUUCAAAGAUCACAAGAUCACUGAAGACGACAUUAAGAAUCUGAGAGCCAGAAAACCUGCAACAGGAGAAAACGUGCCGUGCUUCAUAGCUUGUGUAAUGAAAAAAACUGGAGUUAUGAAUGACCAGGGAGUGAUUCAUACAGAACCCGUCCUCCAAUUGGCCAAAAAAGUACUCACCGAUGACAAAGAUAUCAAAAAACUUCAAGAUUAUAUACAUUCCUGCUCCCACGUUAAUUCCAAGACGGUGCAUGACAAGGGACAAGGUUGCGAAUUUGCAAUUCAAACUUAUACGUGUAUGUCUGCAAACGCUUCGAAGUUCGGCUUCGAUGUAUAGCUCGACAUCGCUUAAAAAGAAGAUGACACAUGAGGCCAAUACUCGCCGACAAAAUAAGAGCAUCUAGUAUGGUAAUAAGUGUUAUUUGUAAAAUAGAUUAGUUGAAUUAGAAAUAAACAGAUUUUAUUCAUUA